GAUGGCGACACCGUGUUCCUCCGAGGUAACGAGCCGUACGUUCGUCCCUGUGGGUGGAGCCGCGUCGCCCUACGAGUCAGCAGGAAGUACGACGGCAAUGACCGCUGGCUUGGGACCGGUAAGGACGCGUGGCCCGUCUCUUACCACGCACACAACAUGGACGGCUCCCUCGGCAUCAUCCUGACCCACGACGGGAUCCCGGAGAACGAGCCCGGGUUUCUGGACGCCGCCGCAGCCUCUCUGACCACCGGUGACACCAAGGGCAGGGGAGCGUACUCCACGCCAGACAUCAAGAUGGCAGAGAAAUACUGCAAGGUGUUCAAGUCCAAAGUGGACGGGAAGACGUACAAGGUGGUUCUUCAGAACCGCAUCAACCCGGAGAAGAGGAAGAAGUGUCAGAGAGAAGACGUCUGGUUGGUUUACGUCCCCGAAGGGUCGAACCCCGUCCAGACGACUGCCAUCGUGCAGGAGUCCAUCCGUCCCUACGGGCUGCUGCUGAAGCAGCUGUUGUUGGUGAAACUUCUCGGUUUCCUGGUCGUCAGUUUGGUCGACUCCUCUUCCUUGUCCACCAACUUCCUGUCCGUCACCUACACGGUGGGGGAGCAGGCCGUCCUCCCCUGCAGCUGGAGGCCCCGCCUCGGGGCUCUGGCCUCCUGCCACGUCCAGUGGCAGACCACCGCCUCUGCCGCUGUGUUCGAGCAGCUGGGGGCGCAGAGGUGGCAGGCGGAGGGGUACGGGGGACGGGUGGAGGUUCCCGAGGAGAAGCUCGUGUCGGGGGAUUGUUCGCUGGUCAUCAGCGACGUUCAGCUCGGAGACACUGGACGAUACGAGAGCUUCAUGGUGGUGGACGGAGAAAGGUCGAAGAAAACCCGGGUCUUCAUUCAGGGCGUGAAACUGUUUGUGUUCGACCAUAAAUCCCAUCAGGUUCGGUGUCCAGGCGAGGACCUGGUUCUGGAUCUUCAGAGCAGUCACUCAGCGAGAGUCGUCUUCCAGGGCAGGAACAGCUCGGAGUGGUCGGAGCUGUGGAUGAAGGGCGACGAGAACAGUCUGCGUCUGGAGAAAGAUCCGCUGAAGGAGCAGCUGACGGUGAAGAACCUGCGGCGCUCAGACGAGGGAACGUACAAAGUCCUGGACGGGCACGGCCUCUCCAUCAGCACCGUGCAGCUCGCCGUGCAGGGAGCCUGCACCAGAGUCCGAGUCCACGACGAAAUGAAAAGUGAAAUAUCAGGUGACGCCAUCAAAAGCAGCUGUUCACUUCUUCUUCUGUGUUUCGGUCUCGUCACCAGUUUCCAGAUCCCUCGUCUGUUCUGAGGCGGCGACGCGUGAGGUCGUUUGUCGUCUUGUGUUUAUUCUGUAAAUUUAACUUGAGCGUUUUUUCAAAUCAGUCGUUUUAAGACUGACACUGAGUCGACGGGUUUAACGUGAAUAAAUGUUUGAUGAAUGAAAGUCUAAGAAACAGGAACCUGUUUAUUCAAGUGUGAAUUGUUAUUGUCUUGUUUAAAUGUAAAUAAUUAAUUAACAUAGUUUAAACCUUCACUCUGUUUACAAAGUCUUUAACAUCUAAACAUCUUCUCUGACAAAUAAUAAAAUAAUCAGCUGAUUCCUCAAUGAUGGAGGUCAACAGAAGAAAACGUGGAAAAUCUUCAGCUUCGUUCUUUAAUGGUCAAGAAAAGGUCAUGUGAUCAAACACCUGUCACAGAUGUACAAACUUCACUGGAGAGAGGAGACGAACACAGGAAGUCACAUUCUUAAACAAUAAAUAUGAAGUGUCUGUUCAGUGUUUCAGAAUAAAAGUCUGUUUUUGUGGCUUUACUUCUCGUCAGUAGAUUUAACUUUGAGAGGAAACACUCCACCAGGCGUAACCAUGGCAACAGUGAUGUAAGUGAGAAAGGAGCCUCGUGGUCUUUAGCGGAAAGAGGAGAGAACCAGGGGGAAUCCAGAUGUUUUACCGGUCGUCAGAAGUUUGGUUUGUGCUUCUUGACCUCGACCAUGAGGUGAUGCAGGUUGAUGAGCUCCGAGCGCACGGCCAGGCUGCGGAACGUCGGCUGGUUCAGGAUCUUGUGGAAGCCGUGGUAGUACUGGAUCAGCUGCGUCAGAGCGCC